AUGAUACAAAAUAUAAAUGGGAAGAGAUUACUCUGCCUCGCUGACGUUAGAGGUGAUUUCGAUUGUUUGAAUCGACUGGCAGAGGAUUACAAGGCUGAUAUUAUUAUUCACACGGGCGAUAUUGGUUUUCUUGAAAAAAGUAGCAUAGAUAGAGCCACUGAGAAAGUUUUGCGUCAUUUGAUAACCUAUUCGCCCAUUAUAUCCACAGAUCAGCGCCAUUCUCUACUCAACGACCACAGUUCAGUCACCAGCUUAAGAGCAGCGUUGAGCGAGAAAGAGAAUGGCAAUGAACACAUGCUCAGCACUUUCCCCUCACUCCUUAACCACUCUCUCAAGCUCAAUGUCCCCGUUUAUGCUGUCAGCGGGGCGUGCGAGGAUGUGAGUGUCCUUGAAAAGCUACGUAUGCGAGAAUACCACAUACCCAAUCUACACGUUUUAGACGAGGCUUCCAGCUACCUUCUCCACAUUGGCGGUAUAAAGCUCAGGCUCUUUGGUCUCGGCGGUGCAUUUGUUCUGCACAAGCUGUUCGACAACGGUGACGGCCAGGCUACUAUAGCCGGUGGACAAGGCACUACGUGGAUAACCGCUUUACAGAUGGGCGAGCUGAUUGACACUGCGAAGAAGGUCUACGACCCUUCCGAGACGCGUCUCCUCGUCACCCACUCGCCGCCCGGUCGCGAGGGACUUCUGGCGCAGCUCGCGCUGGUGCUCAAGGCUGACCUAACGCUGUCAGCCUCGCUGCACUUCCGGAUGAGUGCGAGCUACAACGACUUCUCUGUAGUGCCCAACUAUGAAGUGUUUAUGCAGAAGCUGGUUAAUGGACGCACAGCGGUGUAUGGCAUCUACAACAGCGUUAGAGGACAGCUGGAGGAUGUGCUCGACGACACACAACGCCUUCUUCUCGCUAAUUUCCUCCUCGUCGCCGAUCGUGUACCCGGUCCUAACCACGGCAAGGGCGUCGUUGCGAGUCAUGAAGAGGCGUGGAAACACACGUGGCAUUUCAACUUGAGUGAUGUCAGCGUGGGUAAUGUGCUGCUUCUUGUCCAAGAUGGAAAGCUGGGCAGUGAGAUCAAGUCAGAGGGAUUCACUUACUCGCAUCGUAACCAUCAAAAAACGGCGGCGUUGGCAGGUAAUGAAAUUGCGAAUGAAGGUGGUAGUAGGGGGGAGGUGGGCGUCUCAGUGCCACAUGAGUCGCAAAAGAUAGACGAGACGCAGCAGACGCAAUCGAAAGCACAGGCUGGAGUGACAGGUAUGGUCGCUGAUCAGACACACGUGUCACACUCCUCUAUCCACCCAAAUCACAUACCAAAUGCUCCUAUGGCACCAGCAACUGAACAACAUACCAACGCUGACAGCAUUGCAUCAGCCACUUCACCACCACCAUCGCAACAACAACAACAACAACAACAACAACAACAACAACAGCAUACCACAAAUAACCAACGCAAAAAGAAUCCAAACACUCUGUUCAUUAGAGGGAUACCACAGGGAUGUACAGAUGAAGAAGUGGCAGAGUUUUUCACUCAAUUUAAACCAUCAAUAACUGCAAUCAAAAUACUUAUCGAUCACAAAACAGGCAUCCAGCGCGGACUUUGUUAUGUGGAUUUCAAUAACGAGAGAGACAUGCUCGCGGCUGAAAAACUGAGCGGAGGCGCAAUUAGAAACUCACACCUACAUGUACAAGUAUCAGACAAGAAUGGCAAGGGAUUCAAAAAUACUCACAAGAACAAGAAACAGAGUGAGUGA